GACAAAUUCGACAUGAGGGCUCUUGUCCUAUUAGCAGUGGUUGCCGGCAUCGCGGCCGCAGACCUUCCUUCCACCAGCUACGGUGUCCCCAACGGAGCCUCGGGUAACGGGUUCGGAGCCUCGGGUAACGGAUUUGGAGCCUCGGGUAACGGGUUCGGAGCUUCGGAUAACGGAUUCGGAGCCUCGGGUAACGGAUUUGGAGCCUCGGGUAACGGAUUUGGAGCCUCGGGUAACGGAUUCGGAGCCUCGGGUAACGGAUUCGGAGCCUCGGGUAGCGGGUUCGGAGCCUCGGGUAACACAUAUGGCACGCCCAACGGUGGGUACGGAGUAGACCCUGAGAUUGCCGCUUUGGCCGAGAACAUUCCCGGGGGCGGCGUCCCCGGCGAGGACUACCCCAUCUUGGCUUCCGUGCCCGACACCGGCUUCUCGUGCGAUGCCCAGGCGGUGCAAGGUUAUUACGCCGACACUGCAGCUGAAGCCGGCUGCCAGGUGUUCCAUAUCUGCCAGGACCGCGCCCUCAGGCGCCAACAGGACUCGUUCCUGUGCCCCAACGGUACCAUCUUCAACCAGCAGUACCUGGUAUGUGACUGGUGGUUCAACGUGGACUGUUCUCAAGCUGAGAGCUUCUACUCCGUCAACGAACUCAUCGGAGUCGUUCCCGACGCCGGAUACGCCUAUGGCGCUGCCGUUAAUGGCAACGGCAACGGUCUUAACGGCGGAAGGAAUGGAAACGGAGCCAAUGGAAACGGAGCCAAUGGCAACGGAGUCAACGGUAAGGGAAGCAACGGUAAUGGAAGCAACGGUUAUGGCUCUAAUGGUAAUGGAAUCAACGGCAACGGUAGCGGUAGUGGCUCCAACGGUAACGGCGUUAAUGGCAACGGAAGCAACGGCAAUGGAAACGGCUCUCCCGUUGCUCCUUCCACCUCCUACGGCGCCCCCUUCUGAUCGGUCCGGCAGAAUUCUUCCUAUCUUUUUACAGAAUUCAUUGUUCUCAAAUACAAAUAAUAUUUAUGUACAAUUUUCAAUAAAUAUAUAAGUAAUCACA